AUGGACGGCAGUGUUGACAACACUGAGUGCGCUUGCAGUGAACUGGAAGAAAUUCUCCAGCAGAUAUCGGAUCUGGAUAAAUGGAGAGAGAUCUUUAACUCCCGCGGGUUGGAAUUACGAGAAUGCAAUGUUAAAGGAAAUACUGAGAAAACUAAAGCUGAUGAGGACAGUGAUGACACUUCAAGACCUACAGCCUCAAACCACCACAUCAACCCACAAAACAACCAGUUAACAGUGCCCUACUCCAUACCUCCAACCCUCGCAGUGUCUCCAAGUCUGGGUGGGCAACCACUGUCACCAGAGCUCGCAGUGAGUUUAAGAAAGAUCUUGUUCGGGAACACAUUCCACGUUUUCAACUAUGAGUGGAAGAAAACGUUCUUUAAUUUUCGGGAGCCUUUCUCUGAUAUGUCAUAUGCACUGGAAACUGAGAAGGGGGGAACCCGUGCUAUUCAGAUGGUGGUUCAGGCACAUGUUAUUAAAUACUUGCUCUUCGGACGGCAAUUAAACUCAGACUGCAAAAUGCAGAGUAUGAAGGAAGUAGGGAAAAAGGAGCAGAGAAGGGCACUGGCAACCGCUCUGACUGACAUCUUGUGGACAGCUGGUGAGGAGCAAACAGCAACCGUCUCUUUGGUCACAUCAGAUCGCUGUUUCACCCCCCACCUGGACUACAAGCUAGACAGCUUCACAGAAAGACUACAACUUUUCACCUUUAAUAAGAAAGAAGACGUUAGAGCAUUUAUAUACGACCAUAUGCAGAGUUUUAAGGAAGAAGGAAGUCAUGGAGUCAUCCUUUUUCUGUAUAGCCUCAUCUUCUCCAGAUCCAUUGACAGGAUACGUGAAGACUUUGAUUUUACCACCUCGCAUCUUUUGCAUUUGAGCUUGGGGAACUUUGUGUGUCGACAGGCUCUAUUAAACCUGCUGUUGAGAGGGCGGGCCAGCCCUAAUGUCUUCAAUGGGACGUUACACAACGAUGAGCAAGGAAAACCUCUCGCUCAACCGCUCCACGGGGUCCUGACCCGCAGUGAUGUUGGAUAUCUCCUUUGGAACAGAGAAGAAGCCGAGCAUGCAAAGCUGCCCCAGGUGGGCAGCAUGUUGAAAACACCCAAGCUGCCUAUCUGGGUGUGCAACAUCAAUGGCACCUACAGUGUUCUGUUCAGUCCAAACCGCUCGCUGCUCUCUGAUUGGAGGAUGGAGCACCUCUUUCAUCUUUACUUCUGCAAUGGCCAACCCACACAGAGCCACACUGCAAUGCUCACAAUAGACACACACUCCCAUCACUGGGAAGCAGAAAAUACUGACAUUCAGGGAGAGCCAGAAAAAAAGUUUCCAUCUGUGGAGAUGACCAUUAGGACCAAAUGGGAGGGAGCCGUUAUUGAUUGGAAUGGGACUGUGCCUUUUUUCUGAAGUCCAUAACAAACAAAGUCUCUUUGAAAGAUUUUCACCAAUUUAGUCAAAUCUGGUUUACAAAUGUAUCCUAGUUGGCUUUUUUACUGGCGCCUAUUUCACAUAUUCCAUUUGUUUUUGUUUUUGUUUUUAUUUUUUGUUUGUUGGAAUCAGGUUUAGGUUGCUGUUUUGUUGACUGAUAUCAAGUCACAAGUCUUAAUCUUGCAGUCUCAAGUUAAGUAAAGAUGGAAAAGUCUCAAGUUGCAGGGUUUAAUCAAAUUAAGACAAGUUUAUAAUUCAAAGCCUCACAGUCUUACCCAUUAAUAAAUCAUUAAGUAUUUUAUAUCUCUUGUAAUCUUAGAAUUUAAUUAAAUCCUGUUAAUACAAUAUAGUACAAAUAUAUUUUCUAAAAUGAAUUACAGUGUUAAAGUAUGAAAGAUUUUAUUGUUCCUAAAUGUGUUUUAGUUUCUAUUUUUAAUCCACAAUCAAGCUGAGGGUACCUGUACAUAAGCAUACGUAAAGUGUAGCAUAUGCAUUUUCACCAGGUGGGAAAUUCCAGCGUUAUGGAUGUGAAAUGUAAAUUCUCAAAUAAUGUAUUUAUUACCAAUAUAUUGAAUAAUUGUUUUUUAUUAGACUGAACCCCUGAUGAUAGAGCCCAGACAUCCGAGAAAUAUCGGUCUAUAAAAGUUUUCUGUUUUAAAAGAGGGAAAAAUUCAUGCGUAUGGAUGUGACAAAAAGGAGGCAACAUACUUUUAUAGUACCCAACAAAUAGAGGGGAAGAGAUGACUAUGAAAUAGUUAUUGUAUUUUAAUUUUCACGUGCACAUUUAUGUGGAAUAUGGACGAUAUGGACUAGAAGGAGUACGCAUCGAAAACUACGCUUUAAAAACAAAUGCUUUAAACACUUUGAGAGAGACUUUAGAUGGUAGCAAAUAUUGACAUCUGAUUUAUUAGUAU